GAAGUGGCAGAGGCGGCCGUGUAGGGGGCGCCAUGGGUCGGACAUUUGUGAAAAGGACCCAUUUAAAGAGUGAUUAAAUUUGUUGUUAAUACCAGGAAAACGCUUAAAAUGGCCUGGUGCAGCGCGUGGGACUGAGGUGCGGACGAAUUUGGAUACGGACAUCGCCAUCGUCGCGUUGGAGACGGGCCCGCUAUUCAGGGGCAUGAACGGGGACGGGACAACAAUGGAAGACUACCGGGGUUCCAUGCACGCCACAUGGAACCCUCCAGUGGUGAUCAAGCAGGAGCCAGACUUUGACCUCUACCCUGACACUGCACAGCAGGGACAUUCACAGCAGCAGCAGCAGCAACAGCAGAAUCACCACCACCCACAUCAUCACCCCGCCUCGGAAUACAUGAGCUCGCCUUACUUCCAGCAGCAGCAGCAGCAUCAUCAGCAGCAACAACAUCAACAACAACAACAACAACAACAACAACAGCAACAUCAACAUCAACAACAUCACCAACAGCAUCAGCAGCACCAGCAGCAGCAUGAACAGCAGCGGCAGCCACAUCACGCUGUGGGGUCCCACUACCUAAUGGGGAUGUCCCCCGAAAAUGGCGCCCACUACGGGAUGGGGUCCAACCCCCUCUCCCAGCUGGAAGAGGAAGCGGGAGAGGCGAGUCCACCCGGCCCCAAAAAGCGGGGCCGCAAGAAGAAGAGCAAGGCAGACGACCCGGACAUCCCCUCCCUCGGACUUGAGCCCGGGGCUCCGGUGCCCGUCAUUCGCAAGAGGGGCCGGCCCCGGAAGUACCCCAUCGCACAAGGGUUGGAGUAUGUGGACACCCCCGAGGGUCGGCGCGUCCUGAAGCAGGAGAAGCUGACGGACACGUUCAAGCAGCGCAAAAAGAUUGACCGCUUCGAGGGCAUGCCCGAGGAGGAAGUGGCCAAGCGCACCCUGCCAGACCAUCUCGUGCCCAACCUGGACAUUGUCAUUAUUGGCAUCAACCCUGGCCUUUUUGCAGCAUUCAAGGGCCAUCACUACGCAGGACCUGGAAAUCAUUUUUGGCGAUGCCUCUUCCUGGCUGGUCUCAUUCCCGAGCCUAUGACAGCAGUGGAUGACUUCAAAUUGAUCCAGUACGGCAUCGGCUUCACCAACAUUGUUGCACGGACAACUAGAAGCAGUGCUGACCUCUCAAGGAAAGAGAUCAAGGAAGGGGCAGAGAUCCUGAUGGACAAGCUAAAAAUAUUUCAGCCACGCAUAGCAGUGUUUAAUGGGAAAGGCAUCUACGAGAUCUUCUCGGGGAACAAGAACUUUGUGUUUGGUCGCCAACCGGACCCUAUCGAGGGAACCAACGUGUCGGUGUUUGUGAUGCCGUCUUCGAGCGCCCGCUGUGCCCAGCUGCCUCGCGCGGUGGAUAAGCUCCCCUUCUACGUGGCUCUCAAAAAGCUCAGGGACCACCUGAGAGGGCGGCUACCCCUUCUACACCCGUCGGAGGUGACCUUCCCCGACGUCAAGCUCAAGGUGGAAGCCAAGGAGGAGCCGUGCGACGACGACGACGCCGCCACCAACGAGUCGGACCCCUUCUCCGGCGAGGCCACGGACGACGGCAGCUCCAGCUAUGACAACGGCCCCCUGGGGGGACAGGGGCAGGGGGGCACCGCCUUCCCCGUGCAGGUGAAGGAGGAACCGGGAACCCAGCCAAUGACUGGCAGCUACCAGCCGCAACUCCCGGAGCCGCCGGCCCCGAAGAAACGGGGCCGAAAGAAAAAAAGUGACACCGUCAACCCACCCGUCGACUACGCCGGUCAGCAACUCACACCCCACCAGCAGCAACAGCAGCAGCAACAUCAACAACAGCAACAACAUCAACAACAGCAACAUCAUCAGCUACACCAGCAGCAUCAACUACGUCAGCAACUACAGCAACAGCACCAGCAACAAAUGGACUACCACAACGCUGCGGCGGGGGAAGGCUACUUCCAGCAGCAGGCAGGGCUUUACCAGCGGUUGGCUCCGCCCCCUUACUACCAGGAGGGCUAUGCCCCGCCCCCUGCCUAUGGGGGACAGCCCCAUUGGCCACAGCAGCAGCAGCAGCAGAGGGCAGUAGAAUACGGACAGAGCAAUCGAGAGCUGGAGGCGGGGCCGGCAGGCGGGAUGUGCGGGGUGGGCGGGCCACAGCAGCCGAGCCCGCCCCCUCCAGUGCCGGGCUCCAAUUGGGCGUACCCGUCGACGUACGAGCCCGGGGAGGACCUCUGCAGGGCCACGGACUUCCCGUCGUGGCUCAAACAGGAGCCCCUGGACUCGUGCGAGAGCGGCAACGGCGGCGGCUACUGCUGAGGGGCCGCAACUCGAGGAACGCCCAAAAAGCGGGACCGAUCCACAGUGCCCGUUCUUGGAGCUGGCAGCCUACCCCUUUUUUUGUUUUGCUGCCUUCCCCGUGUGCUGCCCCACGAGACUCGAGAAGGAGUGCCAGACGUUGUGCUAGUCCGUGACGUGGGACACAAAAGCAUCCACCGCCGACAACUGCCGGUACGACAAACUCUUUACCAUCCCGAAGAAGAUGGCCUGGUCGCACAAGCGCUCCGCUCAAGGGCACAAUGCGGAUUCUCAGCGAUGUGGUGGUGUCGUGGCGGUGAAACGCUCUCUCCUGUUUGCCGCGGGUGUCGAGCUUGGUCUCGCAGUGUUCCAAAGGUCGGUCGCAAAUUCUGGUGGCUGGCCCGGCAGAAACAUUUCUCAGAAAAUGCUAUUGCAUUGAGACCGCUGCAUUGCAAUGCAAGUAGCGAGGUCUCCGCCGUCGAUUAGAGGAAUGGAAUCGCAUCGACACCCCUGUGUCGUGACACAAAGAGCGAAAUCUCCGCUGUCAAACAGCGGAGAUAUUUUUUUUUAAGCGUUAUCAUUUUUAAAGUUGUUUACAUUCGUAGCAUGACCUGCGCGAUUCAAGGAGGAAAUAAUCGAUGAGAAGGAAACCAAUUUGCGGCUAUUCUAAAAGUCAUCUCCGGCAGCUCUAGGUCGCACGAGAGCUUGCACGAUACGAAUACGCAGCCGGGCAGGAAGCUUUUGAGACGCGGACAAACGUUUUAAGAGAUGUUUAUUUUGGACCACAGCUCGCUUCCUUUUGUUUACGUCUUUGAGCGGUGCUUAUGUCCGACUCGAUCGCUGUUAUGUCUGUGCAAACCCACGCUCGUGCUUCGGACGAUGAUCGCCGCGAGAUGCUUUAUGGGGAGGCCCGUUAGCUCCCCGUCUGUACAUAGCUGUCCCAUAUUACGAAGCGUGCAUGAUCUCCCUUUUCCCUUUCCAGCGCUCCCUCAGCCGGUUGUGUGCUGAUGUAUGGACUCGAAGCUUGACAAAUCCGAUAAUCUGCGACGUUCCACUCCAUUACGAUCACCGGCUUCUUUUCCCGUGCCCUUUAUCUCGAAUCAAAUCUUUUUGUUGCUUGCCGCUCCGUUCGAAAGACUUGUUCCAAAUUCGUGUUGGGCAUGUUGGCCUGUAAGAACUUCAGACGACGAGCCAAGCAGGGAAAAUGUAUGUGGUUGAGGUGCAUUUAACGUCAACGUCUCGACGCUGAACGUCCGCACGUGCCGCUGGAGCCACAAGAUGUGCGAGGAUAAUCUUCCCAAACUCUCAUCAACGGUCUCGUGGCCGUCGACUGACCGCUAGUAUGGGUUACCGUCAAUGACCACGAGUUUUUACGGGAAACUCUUUUUAAGAAGCUUUUCUCGCGUGUGUUUUACGAGGUGCCGACUGCUUUUGUGCUGUGGUUACCACGCGAUCGCCAUUUUGAACUGUCUUUCAUCGAUUCCCUGGCAGUCCACACAAAUCCGUUUCUCACCAUGGCAUUGGAUGCGUCGAAAAGAGGACACCGUGGAAGUGUGCGCAGGCAAUCCGCUUGGCGGCAAAAGAGGCCGAGGCGUGCGUGCGGCUGCCGUUCUUGAUAAUCAUUCGCGCCGGCUUGGGUUUGAACUUGAGUCACAGCACGUUGGCCGGGCCCAUUUGCCAAUCUUAGCAUUUUUGGGACCCCCGUGUUAUUACCGGGCUCGGAAAGUUCUCGCCUUUCGGGUUGGUGGAUCCCCGACGUUCCGACGCUCCGACGCGGCCCUUUGACGUCUGGCUGGUCUGCAAUUACUUUUAGUUGGAACGUGCGAGUUUGGAAAGAAGGCGAAGACAAUGCGGAGCACGCUUCGCCAAUGUCUCGGUGGCUGGAAAAGUGGCAGUAUUGUUUACCGGGUGCUCUCGCCUGUUGAGGUAUUGUUACUUUCUGGCUUUUCAUAUUGAGAGAGUAGCGCAGAAAGGGCUAGAUAAAUAGCUAGAUAAAGGUGCCCUCUUUCCGGCAGCAACUUUUCUUCGAAGCAAUGCUUGCAUUUGUGAAAUUCUCAUUCGUAGGAUGCGAGUUUUGGAAUUUAAUGCAACUGUGGAUCCUUUCAUUGCGUGUCCGGCAACGUCGGCGCGGCAGCUGUCGCUAACCGUUCCGCCUCAGUUACACGAAGCAGUAGACGAAUUCGGAAACGCCCAUUAAGCGCCGACCGAGACAUUGUAAAGAGUGGUGUUAAAGCCGAGUCAUCUCGUCGAAGCCGAGGAAAUUGGUGACCAAAUCUGCUCUAUUUUCAGACUGUCCUAAACUGGGUGCUUCGAUAUUCUCAUGAGAAAACGCUGCAAGUUGGAGGGCCGCGUGCUUUCGGGAAGGUCUCUUUCUUUCUCGUUAUUUAUCUACAGAAGUUGGAGGAAGUCUGCUGCUUCCCCCGUUGUUGUUCGGUUUCUCCGCGCACAAGUGAGAAGGAUGAGUCAGUAUUACGGCAAAGUGUACGAGGUCUUUCCAAUUACGAGUGCAAUAUGUCUUUGACAGUGUUGUGAGACGCCGCUGUUUUCGGGUGUGUGGGGACGUUUCUUUUCAUUCCCGACGCGAGGCCAGUAAAUGUACAAAUGCACCAAGUGACGAGGGAAUGGCACUUGUCACAGUUUUCGAGAGCAUGUUUCGACAACUGCCCGUCUGCUUGCAACGUGAGCAGGUCGGCGCUCAUAGGUGUCGUUGCAUGGUGGACGACAACACGCAAACCUAAAAAAAACAAAUGUUUUUUUGUUUUUUUUGUGUUCUUUUUAAGUUUAGUGAACUUUUAACAGUGCCCUCUGUACGCAAACCAGAGCGCCUAUCGAGUUUGGUCCACAAGAUGUUAAACUGCACAGUACCUGGUUUCUAAGUCGAAGAAAUUCCGAAGCUGCCCAACCUUACUCCCCACGUUUUGCCACGCUUACUCGUCUCUUCGUUGGUUAUUCUAUUCCAUUCUCGCCCUACGAUGGAUUGCGGAAAACGCUACGAGCCAUUGAAGCCAACCCAAGUCACGCAUGCUUUGUGUGACCCUCGGGGCGCAUAGUCACGUGAUAUAAUUGCAGUGCAGGGUUGGCCGGAGUGGGUAGUUGCGUCUGCUGCUGUCCGUCGUAAGGUGAAACCGACCAUAGCUGCAUGCAGUAAGUGAAUCGCAACAUGGUUGAUUUCUGGCCCAAGCCAGAAUGAGGGAAGAACGAAAUCUUAUGGAAAAUGUGGCGUCGAUUUUACCACGCUGGAGUGGUUACCAAGUGAGCGGCCGCCAAAUGAAAUUUUGAGUGAAGCCGUACAAAAGAGAGGUUGUUGGUCUCUGCCUCGAGCAGCCAUUUCGAAUCCAUGGACAGGUUCGAGUUCAGGUGCGAUACCACGUCCCGUCUAACCGACCCAAAACGGAAGUUGCGGGCAAUGCGGAAGUUGCGGUGCCACGUCGACCGCAUCAGAAGUGUCCGGUUUCCCGCGACCCUGUGUUUUUAGUUUCGUCUGAGUCCGAGAUAGAGAACAUAAGCAAACAAGUGCCAAGCGGAAAAAAAAUCUUUACUAUGAAUCGGGGUGGAGAUUGAGGGAGACGAUUCACUGGGCCCGUCAAAGCCCACACACCUUUGCUCACUCGUGGUUCAGUGUCGGUCGGGUGACCGCUACCUUUCGAAACCUUCUUUUCCGAUGCUCGCACGUUCAGUGUGGUUCCUCGUACGUGCAAUCUCUAUUGUUCAACUUUAAUAGCCCCUGGACAGAACACAACGCUGCUGACAGUGCAAUGCCGAGGCACAAGAGACAUACGCUAACUGUACUCCCAGUUCGUCGGAUUAUUUUUAGUGAUAGCCAUUAUUUUCUAGGUUUUGUAGCAGAUGCCGCUGCGUGUUAACUGGAGCAGGAAAAUUUCUUCUCUAAAUUUGGUGGGGAAUCACGGUGGCUUGACAUUGUGACAUAACAGUGUCACGUGACGUCACAAUUUCCCUCCUAAAUAUGGCAUUGAAAGUUCCUCGCCAGAUUUACCACGUAAAUUUUUCCGCUAAAUUUCCUGGGAAUUCUGUGUGACAUGACGUUGCGGUACCAUGGGAUGUCGCAGUGCCACAUGAUGUCUUGUCGUCACGCGAACACCGUUUGCUACAUUUAGGGGGACAUUAGUUUGCCAAAUUCACACACGCAGUGCAACUCUGUACAGCAGUGUGCAGUGUCUCCGCUGCCACUACAGUUCGUUGGCAGGACAUAGCAAGGAACCAAGAAUAUUUUUAACGUCUCUCGAGUCUGAAGAUUGUAAUGCACAUUUCUGUUUGCUAGCGUGUAGGAGGAACCGAUUGGUCACGUUUACUGAGACACGGUACGUCCCACACGGAGGGAAGAGUUUGUAGAGGUUGCGGUUACCGUGGCACCGUGCUUGAACCCACUGUACUUACACACAGAGUAUGUUGUCCUAGGUUUAGGAGCAUCAGCUCUUGCCCCCCACCCCAGAUGGUGUUUGUUAUCUCGCCGCCAGCAAUACAUCGUGCCCGGCGUUUGUAAACGGUUGUGAGCAAUGUUCAGCUCAGUGCAAACAGAAAUGAGUGAACUCUGAUUCUUCUGGUUUUUGUCUUCUUUUUAUUUUUGUCGCCAUUUUUUUUUUGCGGGCUUGUCAAAAUGUUUUUGCUUGCUUUCGUUACUGACAUGGUGAGAAUAGCAGGGAGGAGCUUUUGGUUGUCCUACCUGCUCCAGCAGGAGCUGCUACCUUUGACGACGCAUCGGCGUUUCAUGCACGCACGGUAGGCGUAGAGCGCCUGCUGGAGGCCGGACAUUCGAAAGACACGCCCCGCUGUUCUCGCUCUGUCAACGUCUACAUCUAUCUUUUGGCCACGAGAGAUUGUGAAGAAGAGAAGUUUCCUGGUCGCAGACAGGGUUGUAGGGUUGUAAAACUUGCUUUCCUAAAUCAGUAUGCAGAGAGCAAGUCGUCCGUUUCUUGCGCAGAAGUUGCGGCGACGUCAGAACGACGCCGAGCUCCAAUUGGCUUUGAUUGAAAGGGUAGUAGGUGAACCUCAAUGCUAGGU